CGGAGGCCGGUGUGAUCUCAGCUCGCGCGGAGGCCUGGCUGGGGCCGCAGGACUGGGCCGGGCGGCGAGCAAGCGAGCUGGCGGGCGGGCUGGCACGUCUGGCUUGCGGGGGCAGCGGGCCCGUGGUGUGGGCCGUGGCGUUAGGGACGGAAGGGGCGGGCCGGGAGCUGCCUUGACGCGGCGGACGGGGGCGUCGUGGCCUCCCGACGGGCGGCCCGGGCUCCUUCUGGCCCAGGGCUGGGCGGCGGGGCGGCGGGAGCUGAGGGGGCUGCCGCGCCCCGUCGGCCCUGCCCUCCGGCCCGCUCUUGGCGGCCCGGGCCUCCCGGCCGCGCACCCGGCCCAGGGGCCUCGGUUCCGGGCGCCAUGUGCGGUCCCUGUAGCGCCGUGUAGUCUUUCUCAGCGCUUUGUUAGCUCCGGAGCGCUUUGUAAUCCCGGAAGCGCUUUGACAUCUCCGAAGUAGCGCCUUGCAAAGUGGAACAUUUGGCAAUCUCGGAAGCACGUUGUGGGCUUGGAAAACGAGCCGGAGCCUUCAGUUUAUCUUGGAUCAUUUCGACUGCUCCAAAGCGCUUUGGAAUCACACGCUGAGUGGAAGGGCUUUGGCAUCUCGGGAACACUGAGAACUGUGAUGGGCAGUGGAAAGAAAGGGGGAAGGUUCCCAUGGCGUCGGAGCGGCGCAAGGUCAAGUACCACUGGAGCAGCACUUCGGAAGGGUGCCCCAGCAAACGCAGCUGUCCCCGGGAGCCCAGUGAUGUGGCCCCCUCCAGCCGGCCAGCUCAUAGCUCUGCGUCGCGCUCAGGAGGGGCCAGCAGCCCCAAGCGCCUGAAAGCCCAGAAGGAGGACAAUGUGGCCUGCACGUCGAGGUUGUCCUGGGGCUCAUCCCGCCGCAGAAAUUCCUCCCCUUCCUCCUCCUCCUCCUCCCAUUCCUCAGGCCCAGGUGUGGGCGGGGCCGCCUCCAAAGGCUGUGUGAUCCAGAGCACUCGGGGUUUCCUUUCGUCCCUGGGAUCCCCUCUGCGUUCUGCCAGCCCCUCUCUUGAAGAAAUGGCUUCUCUAGAGGAGGAAGCCUGCAGCCUUAAGGUUGAUUCCAAAGAUACUUCCCGUAACUCCACAAACUCUGAAUGUGCAGCUGAAGCUGAGGGUCAAAAUGAUAUGACGGAGGAACCAAACAAGGUCCAGAAAAGGAGGAGGGAUAGACUUCGAGACCAAGGCUCUACAAUGAUCUACCUGAAGGCUAUCCAGGGCAUCCUGGGAAAAUCAAUGCCAAAAAGGAAGGGAGAGGCGGCCACUAGGGCAAAACCCAGCACAGGGGAGCACCCCAGCCGUGGAGAACGACCAGCCAGGAGUGUCACCGUCUCUCAGAAGGAGAAGGCGGCAGCCCCAGAGGGCAAGGUGGAGGAGGAAAAGACUGUGAUAGAGAGGAGCAGCUUCUGUGACAGGAGGGUGAUCGUAGACCCUCAGGAGAAACUGAGUGAGGAGCCCCUCGGUGACCGGAGGACAGUCAUUGAAAAAACCUCUCCACCCAUGGAAUUUUUGGAUGUCUGUGACUCCCAGUCAGAAAUAGAAAAGCCUCAAGAAAGGGAGGUGGUGAUAGACCACCCCUCUUCAGGAAGUGACUGGUCUGACGUGGAUGAGAUAUCCACCGUCAGAUUCUCUCAGGAGGAGCCAGUGUUGACAAACCUCUCAGCAGUUUCCGAACCUUCGCCCUUUGCCACUGACUAUGUCAUGUACCCACCCCAUUUAUACAGUAGUCCGUGGUGUGACUACGCCAGUUACUGGACUAGCAGUCCCAAGCCUUCCAGCUACGCCUCAGUCGGCAGCAGCAGCAACGACACGUCCCAGGCCGGGAGAAGCAGCCGGAGCCUCCUGAAUGACUAUUCCCCCAACCCUACCAUGGGCUCCCAAAACCCAUCCAGAGACCUGAUGGCAACAGAUGAAGGCAGAUCCCAGAAUUCUCGUUCAUUUCAUUUCUCCCGAAGCUCUGAUGAAGAGGUGAAGGAGAAAAGAACAUUCCAGGAGGAGGCGCCACCCCGUCCUUGUGGAAGACACGUGUCUGGCUCCACAUGUGGCUCCCUGCCUAGGAGCCACCGGGAGCCAAGCCUCGAGGAAGGUUUCAUUGAUACUCAUUGUCAUUUGGACAUGCUCUACUCCAAGUUGUCAUUCAAGGGGACCUUUACCAAGUUCAGAAAAAUCUAUAGCAGCUCCUUCCCCAAGGAAUUUCAGGGCUGCAUCUCUGACUUCUGUGAUCCUCGGACACUGACAGAUUGUCUGUGGGAGGAUCUGUUGAAAGAGGAUCUGGUUUGGGGAGCCUUUGGCUGCCACCCUCAUUUUGCACGUUACUACAGUGAGAGUCAAGAAAGAAACCUUUUGCAAGCCUUAAGGCACCCCAAGGCUGUGGCAUUUGGGGAAAUGGGCUUGGAUUACUCCUAUAAGUGCACCACGCCUGUUCCAGAACAGCACAAGGUAUUCGAGAGACAGCUGCAGCUGGCCGUGUCUCUAAAGAAGCCCUUGGUGAUCCACUGCCGAGAAGCUGACGAAGAUCUUCUGGCCAUCAUGAAAAAAUUUGUGCCCUCUGACUACAAGAUCCAUAGGCACUGUUUCACUGGCAGCUACCCCGUCAUCGAGCCCCUGUUGAAGCACUUUCCCAACAUGUCUGUGGGCUUCACGGCAGUCCUGACUUACUCUUCCGCCUGGGAGGCCCGGGAAGCUCUGAAGCAGAUUCCGCUGGAGCGGAUCAUCGUGGAAACUGACGCUCCCUACUUCCUCCCUCGUCAGGUUCCAAAAAGCCUUUGCCAGUAUGCCCACCCAGGCCUGGCCUUGCAUACGGUUCGAGAGAUUGCCAGGGUCAAAGAUCAGCCGCUCUCCCACACCUUAGCCACUCUGCGUGAGAACACCAAUCGCCUCUACAACCUUUAAGCAGAGGGGACGCUGUCAGGAUAUCUGAGAAAAGGGAGACCAGCGGCCUGACAGAAAGAGCACAGUCUUAGUUUGAAGUCUGCCUGUGACCCAGGUCAAGGAUGUGUGUGGAGAGCUGAUUGGAAUGGAGAAAGCUGGGACAGCAUGUUCAAAAAACCUCCUCAUAAGGCUUCUGCUUCUGGCUUUUGGGAUGGGGUACAGUGGAGUGGGGUGAAUGAGGGCUGAGGGGAGCUGCCCUUGAUAUCAUCAGGGUUUGGCUUCCCAGCCACAAUGCUCCGGGGCAGUCAGUGAAGAAGGAAGAGUCUGACGUAAGGAUGCCAGUUUGCCAGUCCAACUCCCUGUUCUUUGCAGCCUGUGUUUUUGAGCAGUCUGUGAAUAAAGACACCCUCCUACUCCUCUAAGCCCAUGUGGGUAUAUAACUUGAUUCCUAGUUCUCAGUUCUAAAAAUGAAUUCCCAAGUGAGAGUUCUGUUUUGGGGGAAAUUCACUGGCUGUCUUCAGUGCUUUAUUUUUUUGCAACCAGUGAAGUCAUUCCCCUUUGUUCCCUGGCUGUCAGUAUUCUGGUGUCAAUUCCAGCAUCAGCACGAGUGGAAAGACUUCAGCUGCUGGUCUUAUUAGAGUUCCAGUGCCAAACACUGGCCAGUGGAGAUUCAGGACAGACUGGAGGACUCAAGGAAGAGGCCUUCCUGAGGGAAGAGGACCCCAAAGGAAGAUGUGUUCCUUACUUACAAGCUGCUCCCAGGGCUGCUUCUUGGGUAUGUUAAAAUAGUAAGAGUUCACUUUGCAGCAGAAGCUACCUGCUAGUCUGGUGUCAGGGUGUCCCGGCUCCCCUUUGCCCCAUUUUUGCUCCCUUCUGGAACACUGGACCAAAAAUACUUCUGUUUCAUCCUGUGUAACAUUUUCUUGUGGUACCCCACCCAGGUUGAGAGGUAAAUCAAUUUUUAAUUCUCCAGGUCCCUGCUGGGGCACCUCAGCCAUGUUAUAUUGCCUGUGCGAAAUAAGCAGGCCUCGUGUCUAUAGAUGUCCCUGUCCUGCCUCUCCUGGGCGUGUCCCUUGCCUUUGCCCUCUCACUGUCCUGUCUCUGUGUGUUAGGUUUGAGACCCUCUCCUUCCUCUUUGAAGCAACCAUGUCAUCUGAAAUUCUGAAUUGUGCCCUGCUCCUUGUUGGGGCUUGUGAAGCUGCAUUCAGUACAGGCCCUGUAAGAUCAUGGUGGUUUAGUGUCAAGCGUGAGGACACGCUGUGCUUUGUCCAGAAGGCUUCUUCACUCCAAUCCCCUGCAGUGAGACAGAUCCAUUACCCAGGGUCCCCCGUCUGUUUCUUGGAGGCCACUAGCUCACAUCCUAAAAUCCUAAAAACUAAUGGUGGUUUCCUCCAAGGGUUUUUGGAAGGUGCAUUGGAGCCUUGUAAGCUUCAAUAGAAUGGAUUUAAUAUGUCAUAUCUGGUAUGUCCAUCUUACCCCUAGUACACAAGUCCCUGGCCUGGGAGUUAGGCCUUGAUUCAUGGUUGCUCUAACAUGGAUCUAGCUGCGUGGUUAUCUUGCCUGUGCUGACGUGGCAGUUUGCCAAUAUGGGGAACGGCGGGGGUGGGGGGGAGCUUUGUUCUGCUUGAAAGUCUUGGGGAAUUGCUAACUAUUUCUCCACAACAAGCCCUAUGAGUCCAUACCGCCUAUACUUGUAACCAACUAGUCCUGGGUUAGAGGAUUAAAUUGAUGACUAAAUGGAUGUCUCUGAUCCUAUGCAGUCCCCCUUCCAAGGAAAAGCACAAGGUGCUAUAUACAUUUAUCUCUUGGAUUAUCACUAAUGUGCUGUUACACAGUGUGACAUUACCUAUGUGGGCGUGAAAGCUUGCUGGCGUUUCUGAUUCCGUUUUUUGGAUGGGUGAUUGAUUGUGCUAUGCUGCCGGAAUGCCUCUGUAUUCCCCCCCUGCACCCUUUGGCCAUCUCUUUCUGAAAAUAAACUGAUGGGUCCUCUAGUCAACUUUCAAACUUUGUUUGGAUUUCUCCAAGUGUUUUAAUCUUGUUGGCUAGCUCUAUAACCUGAGAAUCCAAAUGUCUGGAGACAUUCUCAAGUAUACAUGUGCCUCUAUGUAAAAUUAAGCUGUGGAUAUAAGAAUACAUGGCACUGUCUUAACAGUUGUGCUGGAUUUGAGUCUUAACUCUUAUUUUACUGCCUGGGAACUUGGAUGUACUGCUUUUUCUGAGCUUUUGAAAAGUGCAUAGAUAUUUAGAUAUCUACCCCCCCCCCCCCAAUAAGGUAGUAGGAGGAAGAAAAAUCGAGUAUGUGGGGUGUCAGUGACUCAUUUGUACUUUGGGCUUUGGACUGUGAACUCUCUUGAUGCCUCCUGGGUAAACUUUUGGAGGAAAUUGUAUUUUGCGGCUUGCCUUCAGUCCCCUAAUUUUGUACUAAGUUAGAGUCGAAAACGAGUGUGGAAGUGGGAAAAAUAGACCUGGACCUGCAAGUAGAAAAGAGGGCUCUGUUUCAAGAAUGCUAAAAAAAAUUUGAAAUUCCUGUUGAUGCUUUAUCUCAUGUGUUUCCCAGUUGAGCACAUAGUUGACUGUCUGCUCAGUGAUAGAUUUGUGGAUGACGAUCUGCUGCUCUGAGGUUUCUGGUGUUUCCAUCUUUCUCUCUUUAUUAAGUUUGGGAUUGAUGCUGAUCAUUUACUGUCAGCACUUUUAUUUUUGCAUUACUCAUUUUUUUAAAAUAUAAGAGCAAAUGGUCAGUGAAAUCUACAGUGAUAAGCAAAUUCUAUCAAACAAGGAUGGCAACCGAACUUUGAAUUGGUGGCCGGCCAGAUCCAACCAUGAUCACCGAAAAUGUUGUUUGUCAGUGAUGUUUGAAAGUGGAUUCAGAAGGUGGUUUGGUGUGGGUGUCUCAGUUCUCCUCUUUGUGCACUGUCAUGGAACUUCUGAGCACAUAUGUACAAGUUGUAUAAGUUAUAUACAUGUGCAACUAUACCAGUGUAAUAGGUACAUUAUAAAAUGCAAAAUAGAAAUUUCUUCAAAAGGAGGAUUUUUUUUUUCACUCAUCCCCCAUGUACCCCACUUAAGUCACUCAUUAGUUAUUAGCAUCAUUAAAUAAUGCACCAAGUAGUAGGUUUAAGAAAGCUGACACAGGAACAAUAUGCUUGAAAUGUUACAUUUUCUCAAGUUUGUCCCCUGACCAUUUCCUUUGAUAAAUUCCAUUUCUAACAACUGUUGACUUGAAAUUGCCCCCCCCACCAGUUGUCCUAGUGUAUUAUGAAGGAAAAUGAAAAAUAGAAACAAAAUAAAUCCCUUGGAUUCCUAGGCAAGGGAAGUGACAUUGACUAGAAGGCAGUCGACUAUGGUGGGAGAAGCAUGCAGUGCAUACCAUACAUAGCCUUGGAUAUGAAUCUGCCACGCGACCUUGAGAAGGUUACUUAAUUUCUCUGAACUUCGUUUUUCUCCUUCUUAAGUAGACUUGUUGUAAAAUUGGUACUGGAACUGCAUUAAUUUCUGUAAGUACUUAGAACAGUGCCUGUGCCUAGCUGGAAUGCAGUGAGUGGGGGCUGUCCGGCUGUGCUCGUGUGUGCGAUCUUGUUCAGCCUCGACAGUGUGGUGGGUGUUUUUCCUGUGAGGAGCCUGAGACGUUCAGUAUCUUGGUCUGGAGCAUGCAACGGGUCUUCAAAUUCCAGCCUGACUCCAAAGCCCACAGCGUCCCACCACACAGAUGAGUGUGUCCCAUCCAGGGUGGGUGCUCAGAACUUGUUUCUUGAAUGAAUGGCUGAUGCACGCCAGAGAGAACCUUUGAAUCCUCUGAGAUGGAAGUAAGUUCUUGUCUGGUGGGAGAAGCGUCCAGUGGCCAGCAUUCUGUUAGGGCCUGUGCUGGUGCCUACCCCCCACCCCCAGUCUAGUGGAUGCUUUCUCUCCAGGUCUGGUGCUAGUUUUGUGGACCAUUUUGGCCAUGCUUGGGCCAGUGGAUCCCCUUCCCUAGUGACGGUGAAGAGGGCCGUGGCUAUGAUUUGCGAUGAUCAGGGUUGCAUACACUUAGAAGGUAACAGUGGGUGGAGUUAAGCUCCAGGACAAGCCUGUCUCUGUGCAUUGUGCUGUUCGCCUGAGUGGGUAGGAGGCUGGCAGUCUGGAGGCCUGAGGAAUGGCCUCUCCCUCUAUUUCUACUUCCUUUCUCCUUCCCUCUUUCCCCAGCUUACUUCCCCUGUCUCCAAUACCUUAAAUUCCUUCAGUGGUGAUGAAAUCUUUUAGUCUAUGGAUAGUACUGCAACUUUGGGGCAGAUGUUUCGGAGAACAAGGACUCAGUGAACUAAGUCACUGUGCGUUCUCUAUAUAGUCAGUGUCAUCCUAGAGAUGGAAAUAUGUAUGAGAGAGAGAGUGUGUGUGUGUGCGCGCGCAUGUACAAGUGUGUGUUGUCUGCCCAAGCACACACAUGGAGUCAACAACAGAGUUAGGGCUAGAGGAUUUGGGGGAAAGUUAGCAAGAGAGGAAAGAGACACCUUUUUCAUAUAUUGCCAGUUUUGCUGAGAGCCCCACCUGGCCAGAUCUGAAUUUUCUUUAGAAUUAUACAAUAGUCAGCACCUUUUCCAUCCAGGUGGGGUGAACUGACUCUGCAGUGCGUUGUGCAGGGUGAAUAAGAUCAAGUUGCCACUAAGCCAGCAGGUUUCAAAUGAUAAUGUGUGUAUUUAAUAACCUGGGGAUCUUGCUGGUCCUGAUAUAGUACAGAGCUGGGUGGGGACUGAGAGUCUGCAUUUCUCAGAAGUUCCCAGAUGAGGGUAAUGUUCCAUGGGCCAGCAGCCAGUCACAGAUCAGGCAUGGCAGUUGGGUUUUGGUGUGCCCAUAGAAUUGGUGCCCUUAGGGCUGUGCCUUGAGUUUCAGGUGGCCAGCAUUUUAUUUAAGGAGGCAUUUUCCUCCUACAGCCCUCUGGGAAUGGAGCUUUUUCCCCAACUCUGUGGUUUCCUACAUAUUUCUAAUAAGUGCUCUUAUGUCUGAGUUGGCAAGUUGGCAAGCUAAGCUUUGGAGCCUCCUUGUUCUUUGUCUUUUCUUCCUCUUAGCGAUGUACCCUGUCUUUCAUCAUCAGUACCGGGAAGUUAGUUCACACUAUGGUGUGAAUGACUGAUAAGUGACACUCCUCCCAGUAGGACUCAUGUCUUAACAGGAAUUAAGUUGUGGCACUUAAAGAGCAAGGCUAAUCUCACCUGUGAGCUGGAGUUGAGGGAAAUGUUUUGGAACACCUACCUGGUAUACCUCUGAAGUAACCAGGGCAAUGGCCAGCUUUGCCAGUAUCAGGAGGGCAUCUGCUUUGUGAGGACUUCUCAGUAAUGGAGAAGGAGAAAGGUAGUUACUUUAGCUGUGUCUAGCGCUGGCAGAUAGCCACUGCUAUGCUCUUCACUUAUGUAUGUCCUACCAUCAUCCCAUUAUUAAUCAUUCCAUUAAUUGGUCUUGAAUGGAUGUUGACUCUGAUAAUACCACCUGAAAUUUCUUUGUCUACACAGUCCUUGAUUUUUUAUGAGCUUUGAAUACAGCUGCGUUAAAGAAACUCUGAUAUUUAUAGGAACUGUGUCUCUGCUCUCUCUUUUUUUUUUUUUAAGAAGAAACUUUCCAUCAUGCAGUCCCUCAGUAAUUUAUCUGCAUGUAUGUGUUGGUUUAAUUUGGUUUUGUAAGCAUGCCUUACUGCCUCAUUGACAUACCUUUUUUAUUUUCUCUUCCCAUUGACCAUAGGACAAGAAUUUUUUUUUUUUUUAAAGAUUGAUUUAUUUCAAUGAAGUGUGAAGUUUUCCUGCUUGGUGAAAUAAAUUCCUAUUUUAAACGUU